GUGCACUGUGUCCCUCGGACACAGCGGAUCACCGAUCCACGGAAAGAGCCGAAGAUGUCGGCUCGGUCAUGUGAUCAGCUGUGUCCAAUCACAGCUGAUCACAUGGCACUGAUGAUCAGUGUGCCCUGAUGAUCUGUGUAGCCGCAGCAGCACCACCUGUCAGUGUCCAUCAGUGCCAGCUCUCAGUGCUCAUCCAUGCCACCUGCCAGUGCCCACCAGUGCCACAUCAGUGCCACAUUUCAGUGCCCAUCAGUGCCACAUCAAUGCCACAUAUCAGUGCCCAUCUGAGCUGCCUUUCAGUUCACCCAUCAAUGCUAGUCAGUGCCACCUAUCAAUGCGAGUCAGUGCCACCUUUCAGUGCUGCCAAUCAG